AUGCUAAAUGGGAAAUACUAUUCUCUGGUGAAGGCCCGGCGACAGGGUGGCAAGAUCGCUGACACAGCCCAACUGCUUCUCACCAGGCCCGGGCUCCGUGCGGAGGACCGCUCCCCUCUGGAUCCGGGGGACGGGGUGGGGAUGGGGUGGGUGGCAGAAGCAGUGCCAGCUUGUGUCCGCCCCAAACCUCUGUCUGUGAGGUCCUCUAACCACGCUCCAGACAGCACUACACCGCUAACCUCUGUGCCCACACUGGGUCUCCCCGCGUGGGGAGGAUUCCUCUGGGCACUGGACGCUGAGCGCAGUUCUGCGCUGAGGCUGUCAGACACAGACACCCAGCUGGCUGAGUGUGUGCUGUGCCGCGCUGAGUACAUUACUCACUGUCCUCUAGGCCGAUCUGGCACCAGCUCCUCCAUUCCCACAGAAUUCCUCACUUCCCUGCGGCGGCUGCCAGCCACGGAACGCCGGCGGAAGCUCUGUGGCUUCAGCUCAGCUCUGUGUGAGGUCCACCUUCACGGCGUGAGCAGUCUGCUGGCAGAACAAACAUGGGCAGGCAGCUUAACCAUGACCACCGAGCCCCUGCCCCUUUCCGAGGAGACGCUAGCUCAGUUUAACCGUUCCCUGGCUACAGAGACUGGAGGAGCGAGCUACACGAGGAGACGUUUGGGAUCCAUCUCCACACACCGAAGCUUUAAGGAGCAGUCAAAGGAGCAGUAUCAUCCCAGACACCCUCCUUUUCUUCUCAAGGGCAUCACCGGUGCCCUCUCCGAAUCCUCGCCGCUAAGCCCCACCGUCAGCAACCCGAACUCCCCCUUUCACAGGAAAGAGUCUGUCUUCCUGGGAAAGCGCUUCUCCUUUGGGGGCUGGCAGCAUGCAGGCCCGGUCAGUUUCUCCGGGUUGCCUCUACUCCAGCCUGUAAAAGAGGUCCGUCUGGAGAACACGUAUAGAUUGGGACCAGAUCCGGGCUGCUGCUUAAAUGCUAGCAGAGCCCAGCAGAUUCUCCAGGCCACGCUGGACAGUUAUCUGAAUGGGGCAUGUUACAACCCUGCUACAUGCAGCCAGCUCAGCCAGAUCCUGGCAGAUUUGGUGCGCAACAAGGUGAAAGACAUCAGCCCACCCCGAUAUAAAGUGGUCUGUCAGGUGGUAAUGGGCCAGAAGGCUAAACAAGGUAUCAAAAUAGCCAGUCGUACCUUACUUAACCCCGAUACAGACAACUAUGUUACGGCUGUCUUCCAAAACCACUCAAUUUUCGCUGUGGCCAUAGUCCAUACGCUGUAUUUUGAGUGA